AUGUCUCGGGGUGGCUGCUGCCCACACCUGUUGUGGGACGUAAGGAAAAGGUCCCUCGGGCUGGAGGACCCGUCCCGGCUGCGGAGCCGCUACCUGGGAAGAAGAGAAUUUAUCCAAAGAUUAAAACUUGAAGCAACUCUGAAUGUGCAUGAUGGCUGUGUUAAUACAAUCUGUUGGAAUGACACUGGAGAAUAUAUUUUAUCUGGUUCAGAUGACACCAAGUUAGUAAUUAGUAAUCCUUACAGCAGAAAGGUUUUGACAACAAUCCGUUCAGGACACCGGGCAAAUAUAUUUAGUGCAAAGUUCUUACCAUGUACAAAUGAUAAGCAGAUUGUAUCUUGUUCUGGAGAUGGAGUAAUAUUUUAUACCAAUGUUGAGCAAGAUGCAGAAACCAACAGGCAAUGCCAAUUUACGUGCCAUUAUGGAACUACCUAUGAGAUUAUGACUGUACCAAAUGAUCCUUAUACUUUUCUCUCUUGUGGUGAAGAUGGAACUGUUAGAUGGUUUGAUACUCGCAUCAAAACCAGCUGCACAAAAGAAGAUUGCAAAGAUGAUAUUUUAAUUAACUGUCGACGUGCUGCCACAUCUGUAGCUAUUUGUCCACCAAUACCGUAUUAUCUUGCUGUUGGUUGUUCUGAUAGCUCAGUAAGAAUAUAUGAUCGACGAAUGCUGGGCACAAGAGCUACCGGGAAUUAUGCAGGUCGAGGGACUACUGGAAUGGUUGCCCGUUUUAUCCCUUCCCAUCUUAAUAAUAAGUCCUGCAGGGUGACAUCUCUGUGUUAUAGUGAAGAUGGUCAAGAAAUUCUUGUUAGUUACUCUUCAGAUUACAUAUAUCUAUUUGAUCCAAAAGAUGAUACAGCACGUGAACUUAAAACUCCUUCUGCAGAAGAGAGAAGAGAAGAGUUACGACAGCCUCCAGUUAAACGUUUGAGACUUCGUGGUGAUUGGUCAGAUACUGGACCCAGAGCAAGACCUGAGAGUGAACGAGAACGAGAUGGAGAGCAAAGCCCCAAUGUAUCAUUGAUGCAGAGAAUGUCUGAUAUGUUAUCACGAUGGUUUGAGGAAGCAAGCGAAGUUGCACAAAGCAAUAGAGGACGAGGAAGAUCUCAAUCUAGAGGUGGAGCAAGUCAAUCAGAUGUUUCCACUCUUCCUACUGUCCCAUCAAGUACUGAUUUGGAAGGUGAUGAAACUGCAAUGGAAGUCGAUACUCCAGCUGAACAAAUUCUUCAGCCUUCUACAUCCUCUACAGUGUCAGCUCAGGCUCAUUCAGCAUCACCUUCUGCAGAAAGCCCUCAUUCUACUUCUUUGCUAUCUUCUCCAGUCAGUGAACAGAGGCAGUCUGUUGAGGCUUCUGGGCAUCAUUCACAUCAUCAGUCUGAAUUUUUAAGGGGGCCUGAGAUAGCUUUGCUCCGUAAGCGCCUGCAACAACUGAGGCUUAAGAAGGCUGAACAGCAGAGGCAGCAAGAACUAGCUGCACGUACCCAGCAACAGCCUUCCACAUCUGAUCAGUCUUCUCAUGAGGGCUCUUCACAGGACCCUCAUGUUUCAGAUUCUCCUUCUUCUGUGGUUAACAAACAGCUCGGAUCCAUGUCACUUGAUGAGCAACAGGAUAACAGUAAUGAAAAGCUGAGCCCCAAACCAGGGACAGGUGAACCAGUUUUAAGUUUGCACUACAGCACAGAAGGAACAACUACAAGCACAAUAAAACUGAACUUUACAGAUGAAUGGAGCAGUACAGCCUCAAGUUCUAGAGGAAAUGGAAGCCAUUGCAAAUCUGAGGGUCAAGAGGAAUCCUUGGCCCCACAAUGCUCAAUGCAACCAGCAAAAGAAGACAAUGAAAUAAAAGCUCCUGAAGCAUUAUCUGAAGAUUCAGCAAAGUAUCAGGAACAUACAUCUCCAGAAAACACAACUGAGAAACACAUAGAUGUAGCACAAUCAGAUAAGUUCACAUCUGAGCCAUUGGAUUCUAACUCAGGAGAAAGGAAUGACCUCAAUCUUGAUAGACCUUGUAGGGUUCCAGAAGAAUCCACUUUAUCUGAAAAAAGGAAGGAACCAGAAACUUCAGAUCCGUGCAGCACUGAGAGUGCUCCCAGUCAGACCCUCACUAGUCCUGAGCCUCAGUCCCAAACAGAAGCUGUCGGGCCUUCAGUUCAGGAGGAAGCAUCAGCCAGAGACUCUGCUCUCCAGGACACAGAUGACAGUGAUGAUGACCCAGUCCUGAUCCCAGGUGCAAGGUACCGAGCAGGACCUGGUGAUAGAUUUCAUAUCAGAGGAACAACAAUAGGUGAUAGAAUAAUGAGACGCUCUGCUGUUGCCCGCAUUCAGGAGUUCUUCAGGCGGAGGAAAGAAAGGAAAGAAAUGGAAGAAUUGGAUACUUUGAAUAUUAGAAGGCCACUAGUAAAGAUGGUGUAUAAGGGUCAUCGCAACUCCAGGACAAUGAUAAAAGAAGCCAAUUUCUGGGGUACUAACUUUGUAAUGAGUGGUUCUGACUGUGGCCAUAUCUUCAUCUGGGAUCGGCACACUGCUGAGCAUUUGAUGCUUCUGGAAGCUGAUAAUCAUGUGGUGAACUGCCUGCAGCCACAUCCAUUUGACCCAAUUCUAGCCUCAUCUGGCAUAGAUUAUGACAUAAAGAUCUGGUCACCACUGGAAGAAUCGAGGAUUUUUAACCGAAAACUUGCUGAUGAAGUUAUAACUCGAAAUGAACUCAUGCUGGAAGAGACUAGAAACACCAUUACAGUUCCAGCCUCUUUCAUGUUGAGGAUGUUGGCUUCAUUGAAUCACAUCCGAGCAGACCGCCUGGAGGGUGACAGAUCAGAAGGCUCCGGCCAAGAGAAUGAAAAUGAAGAUGAAGAAUAA